CUGCGCUUUUUGGUCAUGGAGUGCAGCGUCGCGCUUCCGAUCCCGCUCCAGGGCGCCGGAGCCGUCGGGGCGCGCCGGCGCGGCGGCGUCCCCGUGCAGGCGCUCUGGAGGACGGCGGAGCGGCGGCGGCUCGCGGGUGCCGUGACGCCGGCGAGGUGCAGCAAGAUGUAUGUUCCCGGCUUUGGAGAAGGCUCGCCGGAGAGGAAGGCGGCGACUAACCUCCAGCACUUCAACUACGUCGCCGUCAGGGUUGUGCUCGCACAGCUUGAGAGUUACAAUCGGGAAGCAUAUUUUGAGCUGAAGGAGUUCGUCAGCCGCACCUCUCUGAAUGACGCUGAAAUUUUCUGCAAAAAGCUGAUACGCGAGUCUCCAAGGCUGAAGGGACUAGCUAUGAGGAUUCUGGAGGUCCGAUCUGCUUAUGUUAAGAGUGAUUUCGAGUGGGACAACCUGAAGAAGUUAUCCUUCAAGAUGGUUGACGAUGCUAAUACGAAGCUCAUGACGGACUAUGUCUUGGAGGUCAGCCACAUCGAAGACGAAAACUAUAACAUCAAUUGGUUUUUCUUGAGCCUUGCAAUGGUAUUCCAUGUAUAGAAGAAGGCUUGUAUGUUUAAUUGUAUAUAAAUGUGUGUACGUUAUGGAGCACUUGCUCACGAAACUUUACUGUAGAUAGAUACUAGGCAUAACGCGGACCAGCAAGUGCAAGUGGCAUGUACCUAUGGUUAACUUAAUAAAAGUCAUGCACCAUGUUACAUUGUUACUAUCUCAA